AUGCAUUUUGCUACCAUCAUCGCCACUGCUGCUCUCGCCAUGGGCGUCGCAGCUGAGCCUGCCUCUAAAGAUCUUCCCUUCAACGUCAUUUCUGCCCGCAUUUGGAGCUCCAAAGACUGCGGAGGCGACAACAACAACGGAAACCUCGGUGAAUUGACUACGCAUCGUGAUGAGCUCAAUGAAUGCUUCAAGUUCACCGACAAGGUCAAGUCUGUGAGCCAGUAUGAGCAUGCCAAGGGCUGCAAGCGUAAGAACUACCUCACCCCUAAAGAUGUAAGACUUACUGAAAUGUGCAUAGUUCUUCUCUUCACAGACAGCAACUGCAAGCGUGGACAGAAGACUGUCAAGGAUGACCAGUGUCGCGAGACUUCUUCUCAUUUCAGCAGCUACAAGACUAUUUGCAACUAA